UUUGUACUGACACGUCUUGCUUAUCUCUUCAAAUUUAAAUUUUACGAAAAAAAAUGUUUUUUGCAAAUUGGAGUAAAACUAAAAUCGCGAUAUGUUUAACUGCAAUUCUUGUAAUUCUCGCAAUUGUGAUUGUUGUUCCAAUAGUUGUCGUUCAAAACCAAUCUAAGAGUGAUUCUGUUGUCCAUGGUCAAGGAGGUGUUUCGGCAAAUGGUAUUGAAUGCGCCAACAUCGGAGCUGAUAUCUUACGCCAAGAUGGAAGUGCAGUAGAUGCUGCGAUCGCUACUCUCUUAUGCGAUGGAGUUUCAGCUCCUCAAAGUAUGGGACUCGGAGGAGGAUUUUUCAUGGUAAUUUACACAAAAGCAACAGGCAACGUUGAGACCUUGAAUGCGAGAGAAAUGGCACCGCUUGCUGCGACAGAAGAUAUGUUCGUGAAUGAUCCGUCAGCUUCAAGUCAAGGCGGUUUGGCAGUUGCUGUUCCGGGAGAGUUGAAAGGUUAUUGGGAAGCUCACAGAAAAUAUGGGAAAUUACCAUGGAAGCAAAUUUUGGAACCAACAAUUAAGUUGUGUAAAGAAGGACACGUUGUAUCAAAGACUCUCGCUGAAGCAUUGAAAUCUCGUGAGAAACGAAUCUUAGCUGAACCAACAAUGAGCGAAAUUUUCAUCGAUCCAAAAACGGGAAAGACUUGGGUUGAAGGAGACUUACUGAAAAGACCUAAAUUAGGAAAAUCUUUGGAAAUAAUGGCAGCUGAAGGAGCAGAUGCACUUUACUCGAAAAAUGGAAGUCUCAUAAAAGAUUUUAUUAAAGACAUUCAAAGCUUGAAAGGAAUCAUUACAGAAGAAGAUAUGCUGCGAUAUGAGAUCGAAUGGGACAAACCCUACAAAAGCAACUUGCGAGAUGGAUUGACUUUGUAUUCCCAACCUCUCCCGGGAAGUGGCGUGUUACUCACGUUCAUGCUAAAUAUCUUAUCGGGAUACGAUCUGAAAGAUAAAGACCAAUUAACGAUGCAUCGCAUUAUCGAAAGUUUCAAGUUUGGGUACGCACGAAGGUCGCAUCUCGGUGAUCGAGCAUUUGUAGAAAUUGAAGACCUCUUAUCGAAUUUGACAAAUACAGACUAUGCAGAUUCCGUGCGUUCUUUAAUAAGUGACGUUGAAACGUUUAAUGACUAUGAACAUUAUGGCGCCAAUUUCAGUUAUGUACCUGAUGAUCAUGGAACUGCUCAUAUUUCGGUUUUGCAUCCUAAUGGAGAUGCUGUUGCUGCGACAAGUACAAUUAAUCUUUAUUUUGGAGCUGGAAUUCGUUCAACAAGCACAGGAAUAAUCUUGAACGAUGAAAUGGAUGAUUUUUCAACGCCUGGCACAGUUAACGAGUUUGGCGUACCCGCAUCUCCUUCGAAUUACAUUCAACCCCGUAAACGACCAAUGUCAAGUAUGGUUCCUUCCGUCAUCAUCGAUAAGCAAGGCAACCCUCGACUUGUCGUUGGAGCUGCUGGCGGUACAAAAAUCACAACUUCAACCCUAUUGACCAUCUUGAAUCAUCUCUACUUCAACCAGAGUCUCGAACAAGCAGUUUUAUCGCCGAGAGUUCAUCAUCAACUUGCUCCGAUGUACGUGCAGCAUGAACGAGACUUUGAUGUCGAUAUCGCAAAAUCAUUGGAACUGAAGAAACACGUGGUUAAAAAUAUCACAGGAGAAUCGGGAUUUGCAGCAGUUACUGCGGUAUCACGCGACGAAAAUGGAAUAGCAAGUGCGGCGUUUGACACGAGGAGAGGCGGAAGUGCUACAAUUGUAGCGUAAGACGAAGGAGCGAUAAAGAAGAAAAUAAAAAAAUUAUUCCAUUCCCACACACAAGUACCUUUUUUAAGCAUGUAAAUAAAUUUAAAUGGCAAAA